AUGUUUGGAAGUACAUCUUCAGGGUUCGGCAGGUUUGGUAGUAGCUCUACAAACACUGGUACUCCUUUCGGAAGCGGUGGCACGAGCUCAACUAAUGCUACAACGGCAUCUCCCUUUGGAAGUAGUAAUACCAAUACAGGAGGAGGUAUAUUUGGAAGUACCACAACCAAUCAGCCAUCAGCCUUUGGCUCGGGAACUAGUGCAUUUGGUUCGGGAAACGCAAAUACAACGCAGCCGUUUGGUAGUAGUACUGCUACUAACACUGGUGGUGGCCUUUUUGGAUCUAAUACAAGUUCGUCGCCCUUUGGUCAACAACAACAACAACUGCUGCUGCUGCAACAGCAACCAUCAAUUUUUGGAAGUACCAAUACAGGCACCGGUACCUCAGCUUUUGGCUCAAGCGGAGGAGGGCUAUUUGGACCAAAGCCAACAACAACAACAGCAACCUCAUCUGCAUUUGGAGGCUUUGGAUCAUCUGCUAACAAUGCUAAUACAACAUCAUCGCCAUUUGGCCAAUCCACAACAAAUGCGUUUGGAAGUAUUGCCGUAGACCCCAACGUCAAUAAUGGUACUGCCGUGAAACCAUUUACUCCAUACACUGAAAAGGAUUCUGCCAAUAUGAAUAAUGUUUUCCAGAAUAUUUGUUGUAUGCUGGAGUAUAAGAAUUUUUCAUUUGAAGAGUUGAGGUUGAAGGAUUAUGAGCAAGGUAGAAGAUUUCCAAGCCAAACUGCUGGAGCUGCUGGAGCAACCGCCACUGGGUUUGGAUCCACAGGCGGCUUUGGAUUUGGAGCAAAUACACAACAGCAAUCAGGUGGUGGUGGUGGUCUUUUUGGCUCUCAAAACACGUCCACUACUCCAUUUGGAACAGCGGGAAGGUCUACUUUUGGAUCUGCUUUUAAUAAACCAGCAAGCUCUUCUCCCUUUGGGGGUAGUGGGACAAGUAAUGCAUUUGGAUCAACUCAGCAAGCAUCACCCUUUGGCAAUAAUGCAUUUGGAGGGGGAUCAUCUGCAUUUGGCAGUGGUACUACAGGCGGCGGUGUGUUUGGCGCAAAACCAACUACUGGAUUUGGAUCAAGUACUACAGGAGGAGGCGCAUUUGGUAGUGGUGCAACCGGAACUGGUGGAGGGCUAUUUGGAUCAGCAGCUCUGAGUGGCAAUGCUUUUGGACAAAGUAACCAAAACAAUGCAUUUGGAGGGAACACCGGCAACUCGCCAUUUGGUCAAUCUACAACAAAUGCAUUUGGCAACACCUCCUCGCCUUUUGGUCAAAGCAACACUGGGGGUAAUGUUUUUGGAAACACUAAUACUAACAACGUAUUUGGUUCGAGCUCAAAUACCUUUGGUCAAUCUACUAGCACGAACAAUGCAUUUGGCUCUGGUAAUACUGGUAGUGGUAGUGGUGGCGGCGGUUUAUUUGGUCUGCAAAAUACUGCAUUUGGAGCAAAUAAACCAACUACCGGUUUUGGCUCAACCUCGGGGGGCUUAUUUGGACAAACCCAACAAAACCAGCCACAAAGUGGUGGUGGGCUUUUUGGACAGAAUCAACAAAGUCAACAAAGUGGAGGACUCUUUGGAUCCAAACCUGCUGGGACGUCUUUGUUUGGACAAUCUAAUACAACUGGUGGUACUAGUGGUGGCUUUUUUGGUGGAGCUAACCAGCAGAAUAAUACUGGUGGAACUAAUACUACUGUUGGUGGUAGUAGUGGUUUAUUUGGCGCAAAGCCAGCAUCAGGAGGAUUGUUUGGUAGUCAGCAGCAGAACACUAGCGGAGGUCUUUUUGGCCAGCCGCAAAAUCAACAACAACAACAACAACAACAACAACAGAGUGGUAUUGGUGGUGGUGGUGGUGGUGGAUUAUUUGGCUCAAAACCAGCAGGAAUUACUGGAGGCGGUUUAUUUGGAGGACAACAGAACAAUACUACAGGAGGAUUGUUUGGCCAGCAGCAAAAUCAACAACAAGGAGCUAGUGGCUUUGGUACUGGUGCUGGUACUGGUGCUGGUGUUUCCGGUAUUGGAACUGGUACUAGUACUGGUAUUGGUGGCGGACUUGGCUCCGGAGGUGGUUUAUUUGGUUCAAGGCCAGCAGCAGGUGCUUCUUCUACUGGUGGCGGCUUAUUUGGUAAUUCUCAGCAAGCAACAAAUACCGGUUCAGCGGGAGGUUUGUUUGGUAAUACAUCAUCAAGCGGGUUAUUUGGUUCAAAGCCAGCGCAAACAGGAUCUGGAUUAUUUGGCGGCGGUAGUUCUACAACACAGCAAUCCCAACCUCUGUUCCUUCAGCAAACACAGCAGCAACAAACACAACCAUUGACUAAUAUUACUGUUCAAAAUCCUUAUGGAAACAACCCACUAUUCCAAUCGAUAACAGGUCUGGCGCAAGAGCCAAAAUCACAAAAUCAAGUUCCCCAAGCCAUUGUUGUUAGCUCUUCCGGGGGGGCAACAGCCAAAAAGUCAGUAACCUUGGGAAGCACAUCUCAGCGAAUAACGCCGUUAUUCAAAGUAAGUGUCUUGCCAGUAAAGAGGCUCGCGGAAAAAGUACAGGAUGAAGUGUUUAAGAAGAAGACCGAUAAUCUAUUUUCGUCCAUAACCGACCUGGCAAUCAUUACAUCUGAUGUUUUUAAACCCAAUAACAAUUUCAAAAAGUUAGUAUUGGAGAAAUCCAACGGGGCAUUAUUGCCGGAACCAGAGUCGCCAACUACAAAAGUCUCAUUUGUCUUGGAAGAGAAGGAGGCAUCAGGAGUUGCACCUCAAGAUAAACAUGAACAUGCGUCUAUUCAUGAAUCUAAACAUGAGCAUGAUUCUGAACCCGAAGAAGCUACAAACGAUGAAGGUUACUGGAUGUCGCCACCCCUUUCUGUAUUGAAGAAGAAAACUUUGACCGAAUUAAGAUCAAUACCAAAUUUCAAAAUUGGAAGAAAAAAUUAUGGUAAAUUGGAAUUUAUCGAUCCAGUUGAUUUGUCAUCACUAGUAAAUCUUGACGAUAUAUUAGGCAACUUGGUUAUUUUUGAAACAAAGUCUUGUAUUGUUUACCCCGACGAUGAUACAAAACCAAGACCAGGUGAAGCACUUAAUUUGCCAGCCGAAAUUACACUAGAAGGUUGUUAUCCAAUAAAUAAAGCUGAUAAAUUACCCAUCUUGGAUCCUAAAAGCGACGUAGUAAAACGUCAUAUUGAGAAUUUGAAGAAUAUCCCAGAACUUGAAUUUGUACUGUACGAUCCAGAAACCGGGAACUGGAAGUUCAAAGUAACAGAAAUGUGA